CGCCUCCUCACUCAUCCUCUUUGUCCACGAGCUGCGCCUCGCCGCUCCAUGGCUCCACACCGGUACUCACCGGGCACCGCGUCCACCGUCCAGAGCGAGACCUCCGCGGCGCCCGGCCCCUACUACGGAGAGCCACAUAAGUUUGAUCCUGACUUCAGAGGUCCUGUCCGAACAAGAAGCUGCACUGAUAUGCUAUGUUGUUUGAUCUUCAUCAUUGUCAUCCUCUCAUACGUCGCCCUGGGGAUAGUGGCCUGGUUACAUGGAGAUCCCAGGAAAGUGCUUCAUCCUACGGACAGUUAUGGACAGUUCUGUGGUCAGAAGGGAACCCCCAAUGAGAAGAAACCGAUCCUGUUCUAUUUCAACAUCCUGAAAUGUGCCAACCCUGCCAUACUCAUCAACCUCCAGUGCCCCACAACCCAGAUGUGUGUGUCCAAGUGCCCAGAUAAGUUUGCCACUUACACUGAGAUGCAGCUCCAACACAAGCUGAGCAGGAGCUACUGGGAUUAUUACAGAGAGUUCUGUAAACCCGGCUUUAACACCCCCAACAAGCCGGUUUCUCAGGUUCUACGUGAUGAGGACUGUCCCUCCAUGAUUGUUCCAAGUAGACCAUUUCUUCAGAGGUGUCUACCAGACUUCAUCACUCUCAAUGGGACUGUGACGGUGGCAAACAGAACCAGGUUUAAAGACGCUCUGGAAACGGCUCGCAGUGUCACCGAACUACAAGACGCUGCCAAAGGGAUAACAGGCCUGGUGGACACCAAGGAGCUGGGCAUGAAGGUGGUGGAAGACUACACCAAGUCCUGGGUGUGGAUACUCAUAGGUUUGCUGAUAUCCUUAGUUGUCAGUCUGGUCUUCAUCCUUCUGUUGAGGUUCACGGCUGGUCUCCUGCUCUGGGUCACCAUCUUCACUGUCAUUGUGAUGCUUGCAUACGGUAUGUGGUUCUGCUCCAUGGAGUUAUCCCAGCUCAGACACAGACCCGGCUCUGACGUGGCCAUAGUGGAAGUGGGCCUCCAGACCGACCUGCAGGUCUACCUCCAGCUCAGACAGACCUGGAUCAUACUCUUGGUGUCUCUAGGCUUGGCUGAGGCCUCCAUCCUACUGAUGCUGCUCUUCUUGAGGAGGAGGGUCCGAGUGGCCAUCGCUCUGCUCCGAGAGGCCAGCAAAGCUAUCGGUCACAUCAUGUCCACACUUUUCUAUCCGGUCUUUACCUUCGUCCUUCUGGCUGUGUGUAUCUCCUACUGGGCUGUUACUAGUGUUUAUUUAGCGUCUUCAGGUGAAGCCAUUUACAAAGUCAUGUCUCCUGAUGUGAGCUGUCCGUAUGCCAACAGCACCUGUAACCCUGAGACUUUCAACAGGACCAACAUCUCCAAAGCGCUGUCCUGUCUGGGCUCCCAGUGUCUGUUUGCCUUCUACGGCGGGGAGACGUCCUACCACCGCUACCUGUUUGUGCUCCAGCUGUCCAACCUGCUGGUCUUCCUCUGGCUGGUGAACUUCAGCCUGGCCCUGGAGCAGUGUACGCUGGCUGGGGCCUUCUCCAGUUACUACUGGGCCAGGAGGAAGCCUCAGGACAUCCCACCAUGUCCGCUCUACUCGUCCUUCAUCAGGGCCAUCAGGUAUCACACAGGAUCUCUAGCGUUCGGAGCUUUAAUUCUGUCUGUUGUCCAGUUUGUGCGGGUCAUAUUGGAAUACGUGGAGCAGAAGCUAAAAGGUGCCGACAACAGCCUGUCCAGGUUUAUACUGUGCUGUCUGAAGUGCUGUUUCUGGUGUUUGGAGAAGUUUAUACGCUACAUGAACCGUAAUGCUUAUAUUAUGGUGGCGAUUUACGGAAAGAACUUCUGUACCUCAGCCAGAGACGCUUUCUUCUUACUGAUGAGAAACGUGGUCAGGGUUGCCGUUCUGGACAGAGUGACAGAUUUCUUGUUGUUUUUAGGAAAGGUUCUGAUAGCAGGAGGAGUAGGUGUGAUCGCGUUCCUGUUUUUCACAAAAAACAUCCCUGUUAUCCAAGAAGAAGUACCCAGACUCAACUACUACUGGGUCCCCCUGCUGACGGUGGUGAUGGGUGCCUACCUGAUCGCCCAUGGCUUCUUCAGCGUUUAUGCCAUGUGUGUCGACACUUUGUUCCUCUGCUUCUGUGAUGACUUGGAGAGGAAUGACGGUAGCUCAGAGAGACCAUUCCUCAUGUCCCCAGAGCUGCACAGAAUUCUGGGAAAAUCGAGCCCAUCGCAGUGAUGUGGAGGUCCUUCCCACUGUUUACGGGUACUGUUUGAAGGAAGAGAGCUGAUCUGAGACCUGUGACGCUCUUUACAGUCAUGGUUUGGAUCAUCAGCCCUUUUCAUGACUUUUUUUUUUUUUUUAAUUUGUUGAAACAUCAGAAAAUCUAUAAAGACAGUCAUUCACUUGGAUCAGUUCUGCUUUGGUUUUUCCAUGGCAGAGUCCAGUCUCACUGUCAUUCCCCCUCAUGAUGUUUUGAAGUUUACAUUAGACGUGUCUGUCAGUGCGACAGCUGUGUUUGGUUUUUUUUUUUAAUCACUGCAGGACGGCUGCAGGUCUUCCACAUGAGGACGGUGCUAUUCUCUUCAUUCUGUCUGUAAAUAUAUGCUUUUUUUUUAUACUCUACUUUUUCUACUUGUGCUUUUGAAGAAUAAUUUGUCCCCAGUUGUCGUUCUGUUUGACAUUAUGGUAUGACUUUAUUUGAAGGGCUGUGCAUAAGACUGAGACAGAAUACUGACAGUGACGUCAUUUUUAAUGUAAAGCUGAAACUGAGCCUCAUGCAAGAAGACCAACGUGUGGACAGAUGUGUUUUAGACGCCGCAUGUCACACAAACACAUAUGUCACACCUGAAGUUUUAAGCACAAGUGAAAAGAAAAUGGUUCAGACUCAUAGUUGUAGAUGCACAGUCUAUACACACAAGGGCAAAACACCUGGAUUAUAAGAACGCCUCAAUCUGAAGAAAAUUAUUUAAUGUAUUAACCCAAAAAGACCCAUUAACUAUUAAC